UCCGGAACAGAAGGAGAGGCGGGGAACCUUCGCGUGCCUUACUCAAAGCUGCGGCCGUCACUGCUUGUUCUGUGCUUUUGUUAAGUAAAUGAAUGAAAGGCUAAAUUAUUUGUUUUAAAGAAAUAUCUGGAGGUCUAUUUAUUUUAAAAAUCAAUAGUUUAUUCUUUGUUUCAACUCCGACUCGGGUUAUCCGAGGGGUCUCCGACCGCCUGUGUUUUUCCUGGAAUAAAAGAUGAUUGAUACAUUUGCAACAAAUGGGACUCGGGAGUUACUGCUGCAGCUGAAUGUGUUGCUUGAGCAGGAGUUAAGGUAUCAGCCAAAGCUCUCUGGCCUGAGAAUAAUUGAAUCAGCUCAUGAUAACGGGCUCCGGAUGACGGCGAGGUUGAGGGAUUUUGAGGUGAAGGACCUGCUUAGUUUGAUUCAGUUCUUUGGCUUUCGCACAGAGACAUUUUCUCUUGCCGUGAAUUACUUAGAUCGUUUUUUAUCAAAAAUGAAGGUACAGCCAAAGCACUUGGGCUGUGUUGGGUUAAGUUGUUUUUACUUGGCUGUGAAAGUCAUGGAAGAAGAGAGUAAUAUUCCAUUAGCUACUGAUUUAAUCCGAAUAAGUCAGUAUCGGUUUACUGUUUGUGACCUGAUGAGAAUGGAGGAAAUUCUUCUAGAGAAGCUACAUGGAAAAGUAAAAGCAACAACUGCCUUCCAGUUUCUGCAACUUUAUUGUUCAAUUCUGUGUGACAGCAUUAACUGUGAAAGGAACAAUCAUCUUAAUUUAGAGAGACUUGAAGCCCGACUAAAGGCCUGCCACUGCAGAAUUGUUCUUUCGAAAGCAAAGCCUUCAGCGUUGGCACUUUCAAUAAUGGCUCUAGAAGCUGAAGAGGAGAAAGUGCCAGAAUUGAUGGAAAUAAUACAAUGUCUGCGAAUACAUUCCAAGAUAAAUAGUAGAGAGUUUUCCUUUUGGAAGGAACUUGUGUCAAAGUGCCUCUCAGAAUAUUCCUCAAGCAAAUGCUCCCGGCCAAGUGGACAAAAGCUAAAAUGGAUUGUAUCUGGUCGCACAGCCCGGCAACUGAAACAUAGUUAUUACAGAAUUGCCCAUCUUCCCACUAUCCCAGAAACUGGUCCCUGAAAGGGGCAAUCCUGAAGAAGAGUGGAUGGGACAUUGCCUGGCAACAUAUGUUCAACUAAGCUUCCCUGUGCUGAAGCAGAAACAUUGUUGGAUACUUCUGACCUAUGGAAAGUGUGAUUUCAUGAAUAUUAAACUACAGCCACAUUUUUUGACUCUGAACCAUAGGACAAUAUAGCAUGUUGCCAUAAGGCUGUUCUUAACCCUCUCAAAGUUCUUAAUAAAACUGAAGACAUUUUUACAAAACAAUACUUGGGUCUAAAAUGCAAACAAGUCAGCUGAUUUUGUUUUUGUCUGCCUCUGGAAAUGUGAAAUGUGAGUAGUAGGGCUUGAUCCUUAAUAUUCUUCUGAAUGCUGCACUUCUGCACUAACUGUUGGCUGAAAAUGAGCAUAAUCUAGAUAUAUUGAGAAACCAUCUCUAAACUAAUAAAACAUGCGCAUAGUACUCUGGUGAAAGUAGGAAUGUUAAAGGAAAGCAUGCUGCAUUAUGGUAAUGAUUGAUAGGAAACAGUAACUUAAAAUUCCAAAUGAAUCCAAAAUUAGAUAAUUCCUUUAAACUGUGAUGCACAUUAGAAGUUUGGAACUGAAUUAAAGAUAUGUGGGCCCUAGAUUAUACUGCUUGCAAGUGCCAGAUUUAGUGAUCUGUAUUUCCAGUGUGUUGAAGUAAAGAAUACUUUUUUUUCUUUAACGUAACAAGUAUCAGCACCGUUCAGAUUCUAGCAAAAUGUAUUUGAAAGAAGUCGGAAAGUAAUACUCACUGUGGAAAUUAAAGCUGAUUGAAGAAUGCAAGUCAGGCACCAGCUGAGAAUGUGGGCAAUGUCUAAAAAUAGGAUUAACAUUCUAGAUCUAGCCUGCAGUGCUUCACCCUAGCCUUUAGUUCAGCUUGUGUGGACCAAAAUUGGUGAGACAAGUUAAGCAUGAUUUGAGACCUCUGUGUUUCACUGCGAACCAAAGCUUACUAAUUUUACUGCACUUCCCUGGUUGGAUUAAACUUAUUUUAGUCCUUGCUAUUAGAAGCAUAAAGUUUUACAUCAGUGUUUCUCAAC